AUGGUUAUCUUUCUCAGAGCAAAUGCUGAAAAACCUAGUGUGCAAAUCCACGACGAAUGCAUUACCGCAGUCAACGAAUUGCGGUCUCGAAGAGAUGCGAAUAAACCCCGCUACGUCAUUUACAAAAUCUCUGAUAACGGCCAGAGUGUCGUCGUGGAUGAGACCUCGUCAGACAAAAACUAUGAAGCAUUCCUGAAUAAGCUUGCAUCCGCCACUGACGACAAGGGUAAGCCUGCCCCUCGCUAUGCUGCCUACGAUGUCGAAUAUGACCUUGGAGAGGAGGGGAAAAGAGAGCAGCUGAACAAGGCGCUUAAUCUGCCUGUGUCGAUACAUGCCGACGAUCUUGAUGAUAUUGAGUGGCAUAGUGUCGUCCAGCGCGUGAGUCGAGGAAGGGUAUAA